AUGAAUGACGAAAAAGGAAAGAGGCCAGAAGGUAAUCUGAAUCGACAUAAUAUUGUGGCAGGUGAAAUGUGCAACUCUAAUGAAAGUGAAUAUGAGAUAGAGUUAGGGGCAAAAGAUGCACAAAUAAAACACGGGGAAAGUUACAUAAUUGAUGAUAUGGAAGUGGCAGAAGUGAUGACCAUGACGUUCAAUAAUGAAGAAGAUGCAUAUGACUUUUACAACGCCUAUGGGAAGGUUGCUGGAUUUAGCGUGAGGAAAGCAGAUGCAAAAAAAAAUGCUGGCUACACAACAAAGAUGAAAAUGAAUGACAAGAAAGGAAAGAGGCCAGAAAGUAAUCUGAAUCGACAUAAUAUUGUGGCAGGUGAAAUGCGCAACUUCAAUGAAAGUGAACAUGAGAUAGAGUUAGGGGUAAAAGAUGCGCAAAUAGAACAUAGGGAGAGUUACAUAAUUGAUGAUAUGGAAGUGGUUGAAGUGAUGACCAUGAUGUUCCAGAAUGAAGAAGAUGCAUAUGACUUUUACAACGCCUAUGGAAAGGUUGCUGGAUUUAGCGUGACGAAAGCAGAUGUAAAGAAAAAUGCUGGCUACACAACAAAGUAUAGGAAGAUGGUUUGCUCAAGGGUGGCGAGGAGGGAUAAGAAAACUAACGAGAGGGACUACCAAAAAAAGCAACCAAGACCUGAAACAAGGGUUGGGUGCCCAGCAUGUUUUCGAAUUAAAUAUGACAAGAAUAAAGAUAAGUACAUGGUUAUAGAUUUUGUGAAGGAGUACAACCAUAAAAUGCCUUCUAAAGCAUGUGUCACAUAUUUAAGAUCUCAUAGAAAGGUGACAGAUGCAGAUUAUGCGUAA